AUGAUAACAAACAAAGAUUCAAAAUUAACAUUAUGGGGAUGUAGUAGUCCAAAUGUAGUUAAAGUUAGAUUAUUAUUAAAAGAAUUGGGUUUAGAUUAUGAAUUUAAAUUGGUUGAUUUACCAAAUGGUGAACAACAUUCUGAAGAAUUUAAAAAGAAUGUAUCAAUCAAUUCAAAGGUUCCAGCUCUUAGAGAUGAUUCAUUGGAAGAUGGUUUUAUCAUUAUUGAAUCUUGUAACAUUCUUUUGUAUCUUGCUGAAAAGUAUGCUAAAUUUAUUCCAAAUGAUACUCAAGGUCGUUUUGAUACUUUUUUUUGGACUUUUUGGCAAACUAGUGUUCUUGGACCAAACUUUGGUAAUAUGAAUUAUUUCAAUAUAUUUGCAGAGACCAAGGUACCAUUGGCAAUUGAAAGAUUUACAAAUGAAACUCAUAGACUUUUCAAUGUUUUAAACAAGAGAUUGGAUGGUAGAGAUUAUGUUGUUGGUGAUGAAAUGACUAUUGCCGAUUUUGCAAUCUAUCCAUGGGCAAGAAAUGUUGUUAGAGUGCCUGGUUGGAGUGAAGAGUUUCCAAAUGUCGUUAGAUACAUUGCUACGGUUAGAGCUAGACCUGCUGUAAAGGAAUUUGAAGAGUUGGAGGCUGCCUUGCCAAAGAACUUUGAUUUCACUCCUGAACAAAAGGCUUUUUUGUUUAAUCGUUCAAAUUAA